GCAUGAUAGUAGUCGAUAUUUGGUGGCUUGCAAUGAAGUUUUUAUAGGAAAUUUCGAAAAUAAUGCGGUUAUAGUGGAGUGCCGGAGAUAGUGGAGUUUUGUUUCGGUGUAAUCAUUUUGGAAUAUCGUAUUGGGAAUGGAGCAUGACGGUUGUGGCAGAGACAUUUCAUAGAUUCCAGACCCAUUCCGCUAGAAGGACCAAUCAUCUGCGAGUAUCCCAUACCAUCAUGAACCAGACAGCAUCACAACGUGAGCCUACCAAGUUGAAGUUCGGCAUAGACAGACUCCUUUCCUCUUCUCACAACUCCUCCGAAAGGGAUCCACCCUGUGCACCCAAACCAGUGGCAGUACCAUGCUCGGAAUGCGUUUCGUCCAUUUACAGGUGCUGCAAAACCAACUCCUCUGGAUGUCCACAGCAGGCUGAGAUUGCUGGAUAUGGGGGUCGGCAUAUAUUCGGGUGUGGUCCAACAACGUUCACAAUCCAGCCAAUAAGGCCCUUUCCAACUAGACCAAGUCUCCGGCUACCAGAUCUCCACUCUCCUCAUGCCAGUUCCCCUCCACUUCCGGUCAACAGCUCCAGCCAGUCAAAACGGAAGCGAUCCUGGUCGAGGGCGGUUUUCAGCAAUCUGCAGCGGAAAGGCCUCGAACGGAGGUUCCAGCUGCAAAAGUACAUCACCAAGCCAGACAGACGGCAGCUGGCUGCGACGCUGGGGCUAACUGAUGCCCAAGUGAAGGUCUGGUUCCAGAACAGGAGGAUGAAAUGGAGGCACUCGAGGGAGGGGGGCCAGAAUGGUGAGGCCACAGCGGCUGAUUCGACUCAGGAUCAGGAAAUCGAUGUAGAUACUAUUACAGAUGAAAAUGACUGAUUGGUAUGAUGAAAUGAAGUGUGGAGUUUGGAAUAUUAAAUUAUGAACAUUACGAACAGAACUCGACCAAUUUAUUUUUCACAAAAAUAUAGGUGAGA